AUGGGAUAUCCAGACAGCUUUGAAGGGUUCAUGAUCCAAGAUCAAAAGAAAUGGACCGAGUUCAAGAAGCAAGAGUUCAAACCCAAGAAAUUCGGGGACAACGACAUUGACAUCAAAAUCGAAUGCUGUGGCGUUUGUGGUUCUGAUGUUCACACCAUCAAUGGAGGCUGGGGUGAGGCACCAAUGCCUAUCUGUGUUGGUCAUGAAGUCGUCGGGAAAGCUGUCAAAGUCGGCCCUGCGGUCAAGGAGGUCAAGGUCGGAGACCGAGUAGGUGUUGGUGCUCAGGUUUGGGCCUGCUUGAAAUGUCCACAGUGUAAGAGCGACAAUGAAAACUAUUGUCCACACAUGGUCGACACAUACGGAGCACCCUACCCCAAGGAGGUCGAUCCCGACGAGACCAUUUCACAGGGCGGGUAUUCAUCUCACAUUCGAGCCCAUGAAUAUUUCGUUUUCCCUAUCCCAGAUGCCAUUCCCUCCCACUUGGCGGCGCCAAUGCUCUGUGCUGGCUUGACGGUGUGGUCCCCAUUGAAACGAGCGGGCGUUGGGAAGGGUCAGAAGGUGGCCAUUGUGGGCAUGGGUGGGCUGGGUCAUUUCGCUGUGAUGUGGGCAAACGCCCUCGGUGCGGAGGUCACUGUCAUUUCGCAUUCCCCCAGCAAAAAGGAUGAUGCUCUCAAGUUGGGUGCCAAGCAUUUCGUUCUUAGCACAGAGGAUGGUUGGGAGAAGCCGUUGGCCUUCACAUUUGAUUUUAUUCUCAACAGUGCAGACAUGACACAUGAGUUUGACCUUACCAAGUAUUUGUCGCUGGGCAAGGUUAAUACCACUUUCCACCAAGUGGGCUUACCUGACGAGGCACUGCCUCCCAUCAAGUCACAAAUGUUUAUGAGCAAUGGAAGCUCCAUUGGAGCCAGCCACAUCGGCAACCGACCAGAAUGCUUGGAGAUGUUGAAACUUGCAGCGGAUAAGCAGCUAUUUCCGAUGGUGGAAACAUUAUCGAUCUCGGAGGCAAGCUGUAAAGAGGCAGUCACUCGCGUGGCGGACAACAAGGUUAAGUAUCGAUUCACUUUGACAGAUUAUGACAAAGCGUUUGGAACGCGUGAUUGA